AUGAUUCUGAGGCAGUUGGGUCUGUUUUAUGUUCUGAUUUUGGCCUUUUCCCUGAUCACACCAAGUUUGAGCGUGCAAUCAGCGUCGAAAGAAACCCAUCAAGAGGAAUCGCAUCACACCGACACCGAAGCCACUGACACGGAGGAAGACGAUGUUAGAGAGGCUGAAACAACAAGCACAUCAGAGAGUGAUCAUGAGGAAGAUCAUCAAAAACACGAAGCUGUUUCAAGCAAAACAUCAGAUUUUGAUCGGUUGGAAUUGAGUGAUGCCGAAAUCGAUAAAAUGGCCCAAUCAAAUAGGGCAAAAGAGGACGUACCAUCGGCCGGAGAUGAGUACACCCCCGAAGGAGUGUCACCAUCCACAAAAACUGGUUCAACGCAAAAGUCAGCAGAUGAGAAAAGAUCUGAAGAGUUGUAUACAACUGCGAUGCGUUUUCUGGAUAAAGGAAGGUCGGCAUCGACCGAAGCCAAAAAGGCUGCGUACAGACUUUUGGAUGAGGCAGCUCAAUAUAAGCACAAGGAGUCGAUGAAAUUAAUUGGUGAGAAUAAUGAUUCAUUUGUUGGCUUGGGACAGUUGUACAUGACUGGUGGUCGAGGCGUUGAGCAGAAUAUGGACCUGGCCAGUCAGUACUUCUCGACAGCGGCCGAAGCCGGGAGCACGAAUGCGUACGCAUAUUUGGGUAAGAUGUAUCUGGACGGUACGUCGGCAACACCACAAGACAACGCAACUGCAUUCCAGUUCUUUAAGAAGGCUGCCGAUAAGGGCAAUCCAAUCGGUCAAAGUGGUCUGGGAGUGAUGUAUAUGUAUGGUAAAGGUGUUAAACAGGACUAUACGAAAGCGCUGAAAUUGUUCACGUUAGCCGCCGAACAGGGCUGGGUGGAUGGUCAGCUGAAUCUGGGUCAUAUGCAUUACAGUGAGGAUUACAAAGGAUUAGGCGUCAGACGUGACUUCAAAACAGCCAUCAAAUAUUUCCAAUUGGCCUCACAAUCUGGGCAUAUCCUAGCGUUUUUCAAUCUUGCACAGAUUCAUGCAACCGGAACUGGUGUACCGCGAAACUGUCAUACAGCCGUUGAGCUGUAUAAGAAUGUGGCUGAACGAGGUCGUUGGUCGGAACGUUUGAUGGAGGCAUAUAGUAGUUAUCGCGAUGGACGAACCGAUGAAGCGGCUUUCAAAUAUCUGUUUCUGGCCGAACUUGGCUAUGAACCUGCGCAAACGAAUUUCGCAUAUAUCAUCGACCGAGGUGAAACAGAUUUGUUCCCACCAAAUGAGGCCCUACAACGUGCAUUACUGCAUUGGCAGCGUUCGGCGAAUCAAGAUUAUGCGCUAGCUCGAGUGAAGUUAGGCGAUUAUCAUUAUUAUGGUUGGGGUACACCGGUUGAUUACGAAAUGGCCGCAUCCCAAUAUAAAAUAGCCACAGAUCGACAUCAAACACCUCAGGCAAUGUUCAAUCUUGGUUUUAUGCAUGAACAAGGACUUGGCAUCAAUAAGGAUAUUCACCUUGCGAAACGUUUCUACGAUAUGGCCGCUGAAACAAGUCCAGAUGCCUAUAUUCCAGUGAAUUUAGCGUUGAUGAAACUUGGAAUGCUGUUCGCGAUUGAGUAUAUCAAAGAGAAUUCAUUUACGGCUGGUCUUGAUUACGCGUUUGGACCGAAUUGGGAUUUGUAUGUGAUGAGUGCACUGUUUGGACUGAUUAUUUUAUUGUUUUUCUUGUAUCGGAGACAUCGGCUUGGCGGAGCAUUUGUAUCAUUUGAAUAUGAACAACAAACAACGCUUCGAUGUGGUGCAGUCGGUGCAUUUGCAAAACAUUCAGGAACCGGUCCAGAGUUAUGGAAAACAAUAACAGCGGUCAGUAAGUCAGGUCAGAAGAAAGGACGUCGUGCCACUCGUCAACCGAUUCGGAACUUGGAUCGUUUCUAUCGAAUCGGAUCAGGUCCGAUGAAGGUGCAGUUUGCCGGUUUGAACGCACCUGUACAGAUGAAGAAAGAUGCCAUCGAAUUGGUUGAACAAAGUGAAGAGGAACAAAAGGAAGCCAGAGAGAAAGUGAAAAAAAUUCUAGAGGAAAAACCAACAAGCGCAAGUAAACGGCGAUUCCGCGAAAAGCUCCAUCCGUUGGAACGUGGCUUCUCAGGAACACAGCUCGUUGGACAAAAACUUGGACCGCCGCCUCCCGUAGGCGAAGUGAACUUCGACGAUUUCCAAACGUAUUGUCUUGAGGUGAAACGAACGUCAAAUAUGACUCGAAUCUUCGGUCGAGUGCACACGAUGAGUGCACUGAUUGUGAUGGGCAAUGGUCGAGGUCUAGCGGGUUAUGCGGUCGGCAAGGCCGCAAUCCAUCGCACCAAUAAUGCGAUUGUGAAUGCAAUGAAGAUGGCGUCGAGGAAGUUGUUCUUCGUUGAGCUGUUGGAAGGAAGAACGAUCUAUCAGGACUUUUAUGCGGAAUGCCGAAAUACGAGAAUAUUCGCACAAAGAAGACCGGCCGGAUUUGGACUGGUUUGUCAUCCGAGACUGGUGAAAAUUUGUGAGGCGAUUGGUAUCAAAGAUCUGUACGCAAAAGUUGAGGGUUCAACGAAGAAUUAUUUGGCGCUAACACACGCUUUCAGGCUAAAAUUGGAUGAUUUCUACGGAGAAGGUCGGUAUGCGUUGCGGAAGCAGAAAUCUUUCCCAUUCUGGGUGGAUACACCUGGUCAUAAGGAAGCACAAUGGAGGAAGCAUCCGUUCAGAAAUCAAGAACAAGCCAUGAUAAGACUUUUGGCCGACGGUGUUGUUGAACGAUGGACACGUGAUCAGCGAUUGCAGUGGAGUAACGCAAAAAAUGAGGCCGUCAUGAACGGUUUGUUACCGAUUCCAAAGGGGAUCGGUCUUUCGGAUGUGGUUCCAGAACCCGAGAAAUAA